AUGGAGCAACGAGCCCGCAUCCCUGUCUCACCACCAAUUGCUAACCCCCUCCCUUCGUAUUGGCACAACCCAAAAUCACCUCUUGCAAAUGCCACUGAAUCCAAUAAAGAUAAUCUCACAAAGCCUUACGACUAUGCCAUAGUCGGCUCCGGCAUCUCCGGCACCAUGAUCGCAUACAAUCUUCUCCAGUCUCGACCAGGUGCACGCAUUGUAAUGCUUGAAGCGCGCGAGGCCUGUUCUGGCGCCACAGGUCGCAAUGGGGGCCACACUAAAGCAGCGAGCUACCGGACCUACUUGCAACACGUGGAAGAGCUCGGCAAGCAAGAAGCACUCAAGAUUGCCAGACUAGAGUAUGCGAACAUUGUCGAGACGCAUCGCAUGGCCGAGCAACUGGGCCUGGACUGCGAAAGUAGACUUUGCAACACAGUCGAUGUCAUCUACGAUAAGCCCACUUUUGAGAUGGGUAAAACGGCAAUCCAGGCGCUGCGCACUCAUGCCGAGGCGGAUAAAAAGGAAGUCGGUAAAGCGGCGUGGUAUCAUGUCUACGAAGAUGCGGCGGAAGUUCAGAGAAAGUUUUUUGUUGCACCGGAAAACUCUAAUCCCGCAUUACAAGAGAAGGAAAAGGUCGCAGGUGCCUUUGAGUAUCUGGCUGGGCGGGUUCAUGCGUAUCGCUUCACGACUGGUGUCUUGUCAGAGUGUGUCGAGAAAGGGCUGCAGCUGUGUACCAACACGACUGUGCACAAGAUACAACCCUCUCAGCACACUAGCAAAGAGAAUAAUACUAGAUGGGAACUCAUCACGCAGCACAAUACCAUCGCAGCCGAUCAUGUCAUUGUAGCAGCGAAUGGGUACACUCCAUACAUCAUGAAGGAGCUACAAGGCGCCAUUGUCCCCAUGCGCGGCCAAAUCACGGUCCAGCGCCCAGGAAACGCAACCAAACUGCCUGCUCCACUGCCGACAACAUACUCAUUCAUCUCUGGCGAAGGUUACGAGUACAUGAUCCCGCGACCGGUCCAAGAAGGAGGACAGCACAUUGUCAUUGGAGGGGGUCUGCGUCGCCUUCCAGCCGAUGGCGCAAGCGAGUUUGGCAUCGUCGAUGAUGGGUCGUUGAACCCAAGCAUCUCGGAAUACCUUCGCGAGACCCUCAAAUGCUAUCAUGGCACCGAAAACUGGGGCGAAUCCUCUGAUGGCGAAGAGUCCAAACGGGUUGUACAAGAGUGGACGGGAAUCAUGGGCGCAACAGCUGAUGGACGACCUUUUGUUGGUGAGGUUCCGGGCAAAAAGGGCAUGUGGAUAUCAGCGGGCUUCAAUGGUCAUGGUAUGGUGCUGUGCCUGAAAUCAGCCGAGGCACUAGUCAAGAUGAUUGGAACAGGUGGGGCUCAAGAGAAGCCGGAAUGGUUUCCAGAAAGCUUUUUGAUGACGAAAGAGAGGUUGGACAAGUGCCAUUUCAGAGGUCGGACAGAUAUCAAGCUAUGA